ACAAGGAGAACAGCGAGUUGAAGCUGUACGCGUGUGGAGGGGACAGGCACUGUCUGGUGGAAGCACCGCUGUUUUCUCUGAUGAUCCAGUCGGUAGAGGAACGUUUCCGCCCCGACCCAGCACAGAGUGUAGAACAGCUGCUGUACCCAGUCGGCAGCAACCCUCUGCCUGUCCUGGACCUGCUGUCCCAGCUGUACGCUAUCCACGCUUCCGGCAGGGUCACGGUCUGGGUCAAGGACAAGGCGGAGAUGCAGGCUCUCAAGACGCCGCUUAAGGUGGUUCUUCUGUACAACAAAGAGGUGAGUGACGUCAUUAUCAAUGUUGCGGAACAGACCAGUCUGGAUGACGUGUCCGGAUUGGUGGAGAGUUGGGUGAGGAAAUGGACUACGUCAUCAUGCCCUGACGUCACCAGGAAGUACGUCCCACCUUUUACCGUCAAAGGAAUGCCAACUGGUAAGUUAUGCCCCUGUCACACAUAG